GUUUAUUUCUUUUCCCUGAAAGGUAGAGCCACUGAGAGGAACAAUGUUAGCUUGCAUAUCUUACCAAAAUUGUCCUGCUUGUAUGAAAUCUCUCUCAGCAAGCUUCCAGAUGGAUAGAUUUGGUUGGACCAUCAACAGCAGCAGGAGCACCACAGCCCCCCACAGGGCUGGGGGAAAUCCAAUGUGAACCCCCCAUAUUAGGAGCAGGGGAUAUCAAAUGUGAACCCCCCACAGUAGGAAUGGGGGACAACCAAGGCAACCCCUCCGUUGUAGAAGUUAGGAGUGUCAGUAAUGUUCCUCUACCUCGCACACUUACAAACAAACACCCAGUCAUGUACCUAAAUGAAUUAAGGAGAAAUAUGACGUAUCAGCUAGUGGCUGAACAGGAGGUAGACAAAGAGAAGCUGUACUCAAUGUCUGUUCAGGUAGAUGGACAAACCUUCACAGGGACAGCCAAGAGCAAGAAACUCGCUAAGAUGGAAGCAGCUAGACAGGCUCUGGAGACUUUGUUUAAUGCUGUAUAUGUCCCAGAUUUAGAAAGUCAAGUGGACCAGAAAGAGGAUACAGCAGCAGUUCCAGAGGUCAAAGUUGAGCCUGGUGUAGAAGAAGAAUCAGGCAGCAUGUUGGGAAAACGAAGGUUCCCUGAAAAUGGGACACAGAUCAUUCUUAACAAAAAAAGGAAAGUCCAGAGUACUCCAGUCACUAAAAAUGCCCUGAUGCAGCUGAACGAGAUAAAACCUGGGCUGGAGUUCCAGUUUGUUGCCCAGUCGGGACCUGUCCAUGCUCCAACCUUCAUCAUGAGUGUGGAGGUAAAUGGGACAAAGUUUGAAGGACAAGGACAGACUAAGAAGGCAGCUCGUCUAAAUGCAGCAGAGAAAGCUUUGAAGUCAUUUGUUCAGUUUCCUAAUGCUUCUGAAGCACACAAAGCCCUAGGAAGGGAGAUUGUUAAUAAUGACGCUGAUUUUACCUCCGACAGCGCGGAAGCAACCAAUGAUAUCCUAUUUAAUAACUUUGAGACUGGAUCGGAAAAUGGUGCCUCAGGUGAAGUGUUAGUGAAGGAGAAAAAUGGAGUUAACAAUUUGCCAAAGGGUCGGAAAUCUGUGGUUCCUUCCGUACCAGAUGGUAAAAACCCAGUAAUGAUCCUAAAUGAAUUGAGACCUGGACUGAAGUAUGAUUUUGUUAAAGAACAUGGUGAAAGCCAUGCCAAGCAUUUUGUGAUGUCAGUGGUUGUUGAUGGGGUUAAAUUUGAGGGAUCAGGUCGCAAUAAGAAGCUGGCCAAGUCCAGGGCAGCUCAGAUGGCUCUUACUAAACUGUUCAACUUGGAGUUCUCCACACAUCCAGGUACCAAGCCCGUUCCUAAAGAAUCUCACACAAAUGUUCCUCAGGAGUUAGCAGACCUUGUGUCUCGUCUUGUCCUGGAAAAGUUUUGUGAUUUAACUGAUAAUCUGACUUCUCAGUAUGCUAGGAGAAAAGUUUUAUCAGGUAUCGUCAUGACAACCAGUGACUCUGAAGACAGUGCCACAGUGAUUUCUGUUUCCACGGGAACCAAGUGUAUAAAUGGGGAAUACAUGAGUGAUAAAGGACUUGCCGUCAAUGACUGCCAUGCAGAGGUCAUGGGUCGAAGGUCAUUGAUGAGGUUCCUCUAUUUUCAACUGGGGAAACAUUUAUCUGGAAAUCAAUUAGAAAAAGAGUCCUCCAUAUUCCAACCAAAAGAGGGAGGAGGAUUCAAAUUAAAACCCAAUGUUCACUUUCACCUCUAUAUCAGUACAGCUCCAUGUGGUGACUCAAGGAUUUUUUCACCUCAUGAGGCAGCUCAGGAGUUGGAAGGUGGAGACAAACACCCCAAUCGUAAAGCCAGAGGUCAGCUCAGGACCAAGAUUGAGUCAGGGGAGGGGACAAUUCCUGUGACGUCCUCAGGAGGGAUACAGACCUGGGAUGGAAUCUUACAGGGAGAGAGGUUGUUAACUAUGUCAUGCAGUGACAAAAUCGCUCGCUGGAAUGUCCUUGGAGUUCAAGGCAGUCUAUUGAGUCACUUCAUAGAGCCAGUGUAUUAUGACAGUCUCAUCUUGGGCAGCUUGUAUCAUGGAGAUCACUUGUCUCGAGCCGUCUACUCCCGCAUAUCAAAUAUCGAAAAUAUACCACCCCCAUUCCGUCACAAUCAGCCGUUUAUGAGUGGAAUCAGUAAUCCCGAGAGUCGACAGCCACGGAAAGCUCCAAACUUUGCCGUCAAUUGGUGUGUGGGAGACGCUGGUCUGGAGGUCAUCAACACAAUGACAGGAAAAACAGAACAGGGCACAUCCUCACAAGUCUGUAAGCAUGCGUUCUUCAAAAGGUUCCUCCAAUUGUUCGGCAAAAUCCCCUCGUUCACUGGGCAGUCUGUUACCCAGCCCCCACGGACGUAUGCUGAUGCAAAGGCUACGAUGUUGGAAUACCAAACGGCGAAACAGCAGAUGUACUUAGCUUUUCAGAAUGCAGGACUGGGACGUUGGCUUAAGAAGCCAGAAGAACAAGACCAGUUUAUUGUGUCUAGCUGAUAACGCAGUGGUUACACUUUUAUGUCUUGAUGGACUCUAAAUGUUCAACAUUUGUCAGAUCUCAUUUCCUAUAGUGUACUUUUUUGCAUUACACUAUAAGAGUUUGUAUUGUGCUUCAGUUAAAAUCUGACAUGAAUGGAAGUAGACCAUUUGGAAUCGUAAGAUCUCUCUAGGAGAGAAUGAUUUAGAUUUUGGUUUAUCUUCAUGUAUUAUUAUUGCCAUAUUUUUUGUUACUGUUUCAAUCACAGCAAACAGUGAAAGACAUCACAAAUUCCCACUGAAAAUUGAAAAUAAUUUCCAUCAUUAACAACAUUCCCCAAACAAUUCUCUGGUAUUAGAUUUAUAGAAUCUCAGAGCAGUUCUUAGCGACUGAUUCUGUAGAAGUUAAUAUCACACGGAAAAAAGAGGGGGCGAGAUUAAAUGCACUUAUUUCCUGUAAUGAAUGUGUGCACUGAAAAUCAAUUAUUUUUAAUUAAAUGUUUUAGCAUUUAAUUUGGGAAUUCAUUUCAAUCAUUUGGAGAAAUAGUUAUUAAGGAAGAGAGCAGCGUAUGUUGAUGGAAUUGCAUAAUUUUUUGUGAAUUCAAUUCUUGCAGAGAUUUUUUUUUAAAGUUACGAUCAUCACAGUUAUGUUCUGUAGAUGUCUAAUUAAGAGAUUUAUAAAGAUAAGAAUCCAUGCACAACAUGCAGGCAGUAUCAUGGAAUAUUUGAUUGUGAAGAAUGUUAACAUGAUGACGAUGUUAAUUAAUUGUAGAUUGAAGACAGUAUUUUGUAUAUUUAAAGCUAUGAACAAAAGUACGGUAGACAUGAAUCAAAUGAUGAACAAAGAAUGGAUGUUCACAGUACCAUUACUGUAUUGAAGCUGUGCUUGACCAGACCAACAAUAAAUAAAUUUUUUACCA